AAAUAAUCCCCCUCCCCACCUACCGCAAGGAAGUAAAUGGAGAGAUCAACGGAAAUGGAUGUGGGUACGCCAAGCUUUGUUGCGGGGCAACGUCCGUCGGGAGCCGUGGACCGAUUGUUUCAGUCGAGCGUUGGCUCGGCGUCCAGCAUGGCGCGCUCUGACGAGGAGAGCCUGGUGCCGUCGGAGGAUGUGCCGUCUCGCCACUCGGUCGUCUCGGACCUGGAGCCCAUGUUCCGGCCGCUGCGCGUCACACCCUGCAUAGCCGUCCACAUGGUGCUGCUGGUGGCGCUGCUGCUGGCUGUGCUGCUGCUGCCGUUCCCCUUCUUCUGCAAAUAUGACGACUGCGGCCUGGAGACAUGCACACUACAGACGCUGCUGCACAUCGUCACCUGGAUCUGCAGCGGGGUGCUGCACCUGAUCCUGCACCGCCUGCACUUCGACUCAUACAUCCACGGCUACUCCGAUUUUCACCAGGCGUCAGCGGCUGCAUCGGAAGCUCCCGGCGGUUGUCUACUCAGUCGGUAG